AUGGUGCAUCCGCUGGAGGCGGGUCCUCUUUUGGCACCAACCGGUUUUCCGAAGCUCGCGCUGCUCCUUGGGAAAGAUGGGGUGAUCUUUUACCUCUCCCUCUUCCGGGAGAUCACGGGUACACGGGUGGCAAAACGUCGCAAGCUGCUUGAGGGUGAACGGGAGUCAGUGAGGAGCUUGAACCGACUUGCUGGCUUCAUGGAUGAGAGUGCAUGGCCAUCAACACCUCUGAAUUUUGCUCAGCGAUCUGCUCUCUGGAACGUGCACGAGGCUCAUUCGACGAGAGCCCCACCUCCGGAAGCAGAGAGCCCGCAGGCCGCGUUGAGACAGCUGCUGCGGAAGAAGGUACCUUCUGUCUAUGAUGAUGGGGGGGGACCAGGCCUUUUGGUUGGCUAUGAGAGGUCGAAGGUGUCGUUGCCGAGAGGGCAGCGCAAACCCGUCGACUUGGCAGGAUUGCUGCCACAGCGAGAGAAGGAGCAACUCCAAGACUUUCGAAGCCAUAUGUUGCUCAGUCCAGAGGAAAUGGCUGCUGAACUGGAGAAGGGACUGGAUGGUUGUUGUUAUCUUGAUCCAGUUUUGCAGGCAAACAAAAAGGCAUACCAUCAGUUUAUAGCAGGUUUGAUCGAAUGUGAGCUGCUCGGAUUCACCAUCACACCAAAGGUUCAGAUUGGAGCUUUCUUCGUAAGUAAGAAGAACCAGAAGCAGAGACUCGUGGUCGAUGCUCGUCGUGCAAACCGAUUGUUUCGAACCCCACCUACGACUGCCUUGGGAAGUGUUGACUGUUGGAGUCGUCUUGAAGUUGAACAACCUAAUCGUUUGUUUAUAGCACAGGAGGACGUCAAAGACUACUUUUACAGACUAGGCAUUUCCAAGGAACUAGGAGAGUAUUUCAGCUUGCCCGCUAUUGAUCUUCAUGCCCUACAACAAGAACUACCUGAUCUACCUCCUGAACUAGCAGAUCAACAUGACGCACCCAUAUACCCACAUCUCCAAGUGUUGCCUAUGGGAUUUUCUUGGUCUUUUCAUUUGGCCCAUGAAGCUCAUCUGGAACUGUGCAGGCGAUGCAUUCCUCGUGCGCCGCCUCUCAUCGACCGGAGGGUGGCCCCGAAGCUGGGGACAGGACGUGAGGUCACGGGUACGGCAGUCAUGAUCUAUGCGGACAAUGCAAACCACCUGGGUAUAGAGCGAGAUGCAGUUGCUGAAGACCAGAAACCGCUGGUGGAGAUUAAGGCUGGGGACGGGAAGAGAAAACCACCUCGUGAAGCUGCGCUAGACACCAGCCUCGUUUUUGAAGAUCCCCUCACGGUGAAACCUGAGAUUGAUGGUGAAAUUGACAAGGUAGUUCAAGAACAACAUGAUUUCCCUGAAGUUGACCCUGAUCAUCUACAAGAGUGGCAGUGGCAUAAGCUGUGGAACUCACGAGUUGUUUUUAAGGAGCCUGUUCACAUGAUUGAAGCUAGGAGUGUUUUGGCUGCAGUCAAACAUCGAAGUCGUGAUCCUCAUCGACGUCGGAAGCGUAUCACUAUUUUCAAUGACAACCUGGGGGUGGUAUUAGCCGUGCAGAAGGGUAGAUGUCACAACUAUGGUCUUUUGCGAAUUGUUCGUAGGAUCUCGGCGCACGCUUUGGCUAGUGGUCAGAGGUAUCACUUGCGAUGGUUGCCUUCUGAGCGAAAUGUGGCUGACAAGGACAGCCGUCGCUGGGAGGAAGCAAAGCCAGUGGUACAGGUCUUCACAAAGCAGAAGACAGAGCAACGCAACCCAUCGGCUGGACCUUCGCAACUUGGUCAAGUCAGUGGAAAGGAAACGCAAAAAGGCUCAACAGAGACAAUGACCAUCCUGGAGCUUGCAAGCCUGAAGGAUGGACAGAGGAAGGACUAUGCGAGACGGCUAGAGCAGUUCUACGACUUUGUAGCAAGACACCAGCUUCCCAUCGAGACCGAAGGAAAGUUGGACGAAGCAAUGUGCGACUUCGCGGACGAGCUCUUUCUCAAUGGGGAGGAUUCUCACGCGGGAGAGAAGCUCAAAGCUGCGUUGGAAUAUGCCCGACCAGAGGGCAUUCGGGAGGGCUACCUUCAUCUGCCGAGAUUCAAGAGAGCUAUGAAGGGGUGGCGAAAAUUGGCACCCAACCAAACACGUCUUCCCAUGCUGGAAGUCCUGAAGAGUGCAAUCAGCGGCAUCAUGAUAGCCAUGAGACAGCCGCAAAUGGUUCUCUUCAACGAAGUCACUUACAGCACCUAUGGCCGACCAGGCGAGAUUCUCCGGGUUCAGCCAUGGGACAUUGUGGCCAAGACCUCCAACUUCAGUCGCGACGUGAUAGUGCUGAGCCCACUCGAGAGAGGAGAAUCCUCAAAGGCUGGGAUCUUCGACGAAACCUUGAUCCUGGACGAUUCAAGGGCACCAGCGCCAUGGCUGGGAGAACUGCUGAAAAGGGAGCCCAAGCAGAAGAUAGCGGCUCAACUAGCAGAGCAACCCCUGUGGGACUUCAAUGCGGCUCAGUUUCUUCGAGUCUGGCGCCAGUGUGUGGACAUCUUGGGCAUUCCAGAAAUAGCUCAGUCACCUUACCAGAACAGACAUGGAGGGGCCAGUCGGGAUCACUUGCUGAAACUGAGGUCUGUGCCAGAGAUCCAGCGACGCGGCCGGUGGGCGAGCGAUGCAAGCGCUCGCAUUUACGGCAAACCGGGUCGACUCCAGCAGGCCAUGAAUCAGUUCGGUCAGAAGUGGAGCAAGCUUGGAGAAGACGCGCGGCAGAACUUCCCUCGCUACUACCUCAAUGGCACUGUCCCUCUCCCAGCCACUGUGAGAAAGGCGGUCGCCCAGAUUGUAGCGGCGUGA